AUGGCCGCCACUCCGGACGAGCCGGCCAUCGGCAUCGACCUGGGCACCACCUACUCGUGCGUGGGCAUAUUCCAGCAUGGUAAAGUUGAGAUCAUCGCAAACGACCAGGGCAACCGCACGACUCCGAGCUACGUCGCCUUCACCGAGACCGAGCGACUCGUCGGCGACCCGGCGAAGGCGCAGGUAGCCCUGAACCCGGAGAACACCGUGUUCGGUUCCAAGCGACUCAUCGGGCGCACCUUCGAUGAUCCCAAGCUACAGGACGACCUCAAGCACUUGCCCUUCACCGUCGUCAACGAAAACAACGCGCCCAAGAUCAAGGUGAUUUACAAGGGCGAGGAGAAGGUGUUCAACCCGGAGGAGAUUUCGGCCAUGAUACUGACCAAGAUGCGAGAGAUCGCCGAAGCGUACCUCGGUCAAAAGAUUACGCUCGCCUGCGUCACCGUGCCGGCUUACUUCAACGAUUCGCAGCGACAAGCGACCAAGGACGCCACCACUAUCGCCGGUCUCACGGUGCCCAAAAUACUGAACGAACCAACGGCCGCUGCCUUGGCCUACGGCCUGGACAAAGUAACCAGCGGCGAGAAGAUCGUUCUCAUUGUCGACCUCGGCGGUGGGACUUUCGAUGUUUCCCUUCUCUCCAUCAAGGACUCGCAGACGUUUGAUGUGCUCGCGACGGCGGGAGACACGCACCUCGGAGGCGAGGACUUCGACAGCCGCCUGGUGGACUUCUUCAUCGGCGAGAUCAAGCGCAAGUUCAACACAGACAUCUCCGACAAGGCGCGCGCCGUGCGUCGACUGCGAACCGCGGCCGAGCGGGCCAAACGCAUCCUCUCUUCCACCGCAGAGACCAGCAUUGAGAUAGACGCCCUCUUUGAAGGCACUGAUUUCUACACCAAGAUCACACGCGCCCGGUUCGAGGAGCUGUGCCUGGACCUCUUCAAGAGCACCCUGGGGCCGAUCCAGAGGGCGCUGGAUGACUCAAAGAUGGACAAGAUGAAGGUCAAUGACAUCGUCCUGGUGGGAGGAUCAACACGUAUUCCCCGAAUACAGAAGCUCGUCAAGGACUUCUUCAACGACAAGGAGCUCUGUUUUAACAUAAACCCGGACGAGGCGAUCGCCUACGGGGCUGCCGUCAGCGCCGCCUUGUCGGCCGGCACCAAGGAUGAAACCAUCAAGGACGUCAAGCUUCUGGACGUGGCACCGCUGUCUCUAGGCAUCGAGACGGCGGGUGGCGUCAUGACAAAGAUAAUCAGCCGCAACACGAAGGUGCCGUGCAAGACUUCAAAGCCGUUCACGACGUACUCUGACAACCAGACGGGAGUCACUAUUCAGGUCUAUGAAGGGGAGCGGGCCAUGACCAAGGACAAUCACCAUCUCGGUCGCUUCGAGCUGACCGGCAUACCGCCGGCCCCACGGGGUGUGCCUAAGAUCGAGGUCACCUUCGAUAUCGACCACAACGGCAUCCUCAACGUGUCGGCCAGGGACGAAAGCACGGGGCAUGCCAAGUCCAUCACUAUCACCAACGACAAAGGUCGACUUUCCCCGGCCGAGAUCGAGCGCAUGCUCAAGGAGGCCGAGUUGUACCGACUGGAGGACAUUGCAUUGAGGGAGCGGGUCGCCUCGAAGAACUCGCUUCAGAGCUACGUGUUCAGCGUCCAGCAGGCGAUCAAGGAAGUCGCUAGUGACAAGAUCUCAAGCGAGGAGAAGGAGAAAGUGCUGGAGAAGUGCAAGGACGCCAACGAGUGGCUGGAGGAGAACCAGAACGCGCCAGCCGGGGACAUACAGGCCAAGCUGAAAGAGGUGCAGGAGGUCUGCUCCCCACUCAUGAUAAAGAUGCAUAUGGGCUGAACCAAACCAAAAUGGCGGCGGCGUGCGCUUGCACUCAUCGGCGACCGGCGCCCUCAAUUGUCCCCGAAACGCCCGAGUGAAGAAACGCACAAUCCUCCCUCUAAACCACGCGAGGCCCAACGUCCGCCGGUAGUAGUGGCAAAAAUGUUUCACGAACGGACAGUCGUUUCGUGUUGCACACGGAAAGCAGCCCUGGCUGAUGGACAUACGAGGCGGCACUUUCCAGUCGGACGAACUUCCGCAGAUCCAACAUUAAAUUGUUUAGC